GCGAUUCUGAAGACGGCCCAGUCGUCAUGGCUCACGCUACUGUUUAUGUGGGUCUUACUGUUCCUCAAUUACUGAGAGGUGCUAGCAGAGUUUUUCCCACUCAUUCUGCACUGGUGAGGUUGAGGCACUCUGCUUUUUGUUACUGCACAGUGAACGGCACAAUACAGUCAAAGAGAAAAAUGGAUCAUUUAGAGAGGACGGCCAAUAAUUUUCGUCAAGAGGUAAUUUCACAAGCAAAAGUGUGUGGAAUCACCAAUGAAUCGGAGACAGUCAAAAGACUUCGUUUGGCUGUCGCAAAUAAAGAGUUUACUUUCAAAGCAGGACAGUGGGUUGAUUUCUUUAUUCCUGGAGUUUCUGUAGUUGGGGGAUUCUCAAUAUGUUCAAGCCCUGGCCUGUUGGAACGAGAAGGAAUAUUAGAGCUGGCAGUAAAGGACACUGUUCAUCCUCCCGCUCACUGGAUUCACACUGAGUGUACUCUUGACUCAGAAGUGGCUCUGCGAGUGGGAGGUGAUUUCUUCUUUGAUCCUCAGCCUGGUGACUCCCCUGUAAAACUUGUGCUGCUAGCAGGGGGUGUUGGAAUUAACCCGUUGUUUUCUAUACUGCUGCAUGUAGCAGAUCUUCUUGGAUACCAAGAGAGUAAAGGAAAUGGCUACAAAAUGGGAACAGUGAAGCUGUACUACAGUGCAAAAAAUACAAGCGAACUCUUAUUUAAGAAAAAUAUUCUUGGUUUGAUGAAUGCAUUUCCUGGAAAGAUCACAUGUCGUUUCCACGUUACCCGGCAGAGUUCACAGAUCUGCAAAGAACUUCAGCCAUAUGUUACAGAGGGAAGAAUAUCUGAAGAGGAUCUCGAAAAACACGUAUCUAAGGAUACUUUAUGGUACAUCUGCGGUCCACCUCCAAUGAUAGAAUCUAUAUCCAAACUACUGUCCACCAUCGGUGUUCCUAGAAACUGUGUUUUCUUUGAGAAAUGGUGGUAGUGGCACUUGCUGAAAAGAAAAUAUGUUAUUUGUUUCCAGUGUAAGCUGAAAUGUACUGAAAAUGGACUAUGAAUUAUUUGGAAGAUUUUACUUCAUACAUGAAGAUGUCUUCAAUCACGAUGGUGUUCCUUUAAUUUAACUAUAACACACUUGUAACAUAGUGCUGCUGCUUUUCGGGGAAGAAUGAUUUUAUAUUAAAGACAUUAACUGUU